GGUUAAGACAGAAAAUAGUUAAUUUGUAUAAAGAUAAAAAUAACAUUUUGUGUUUAAAUGAGUUGUGCUUGAGUUCCGUACACCUAUAAACAUUGCUCGGAUGCACAUGAAGCCAUACUGUAACCAGCAAGAUGUCGUUUUUAUUUGACUGGAUCUACAGGGGGUUUAGCAGUGUCUUACAGUUCUUAGGUCUCUAUAAAAAGAGUGGGAAGCUGGUUUUCCUGGGUCUGGACAAUGCUGGAAAAACAACCCUUCUACACAUGUUAAAAGACGAUCGACUGGGCCAGCAUGUACCAACGCUGCACCCAACAUCUGAAGAGCUGACAAUUGGUGGGAUGACAUUCACUACAUUUGACCUGGGAGGACAUGUACAAGCUCGAAGAGUGUGGAAGAACUACCUCCCAGCUGUCAAUGGAGUUGUUUUCCUUGUAGACUGCGCUGAUCACGACAGGCUCACAGAAUCCAAGACUGAACUUGAUGCUCUCCUAGGAGACGAGACUAUAGUCAAUGUCCCUGUGUUGGUGUUGGGUAAUAAAAUUGACCGCCCUGAGGCCAUCAGUGAAGGAGGACUGAGAGGAGCCUUUGCUCUUGAUGGCCAAGUUACAGGAAAGGGAAAUGUGUCUUUGAAGGAGCUGAACGCCAGACCGCUGGAGAUUUUCAUGUGCAGCGUGCUGAAAAAACAAGGCUACGGGGAAGGUUUCAGAUGGUUAUCACAGUACAUUGACUGACACGUGGUACUGAAGCAUAACCAAAGGGGAUUUUUCUUGACACAUUUUCACAAAGCAUGACAAAGACUUGGCGCCUUUGAUAGUGUCACUCAGCCCAGAUUCAAACAGCAUUAUUAAGAGCAUAUUCUUUUUAAUACUUAAAACAUUUAUUCAGGAUUUAAAGGUUUCUAUGCAAACUUUUAAAAGUGGUUCAUGGUGAACUGUCUGUCCUUUUAGUGUUUAUUAAUGUGAAAGCUAUAAGAAGUGUAAAUGAGUAGUCUUAUAUUAUGCAAGAAUGUAGAUAUGUACACAUCAGCACAUCAGUGAUUAUUUAUUUAUUAUGGAACAGACUCAUGUUUCUUUAGGGGAUUUAUUUGGGCAACUUUAAGCUUUUCUGACAUCUGAUUAAGAAGGUCAUGUUUAGAUUUUUAUGAUCAGAUAAACAACUCAUAUGAUUAAAUUCAUUGAAUAUGAUGCUAGUAGCUACUGCCUUCAAAGCACAGAGCCAAAGAUGUAUGGUAAUGACUUCAGGAUUAGCAGGAAGGGAGAUUAGACUUGGACAAAAGAUUUCUGGCAUGCUGAGCACCGAGUCAAAACAACUCCGCUUGAAACCAAAAAAAGGAUAAAAGACAGCACGUCCCACAAAUACAGGGGGGAAAAGAUGAUACAAACUCAGCCGAACUGAACUGCUCAAGUUUUGAUCAUGUGCAUCUCAGUUUCAGGGUUGGAAUUGGCCUCUGUGCAGCUUUUCCUGAAUUUGUUCAUUAAUGUUAUAUGUUGCAUUGAAGGCAGCUAAAUUGCUAUUGGACUGAAAUUUAAGGUCUUUAUAACAUAACUUAGAGAUAAGGCUUUUAACUGGCUGCCCUUGCUUAUUUAUAUCAUGAAGGCUGCAUCAGUACAUUAGUCCUAAAACAUGGGGAAGCAGUAAAGUUGGCAGCCAUCUUUACUGGAGAAAGACAAUCUAACUCAUUAGUAGAAAGGUAAGAAAACACUUAAUUUUGAGCCUCUUGCUAUCAAGUCUUAAUUUAUUUUGUUAUCUAUAUUUAUUUAUAUAUGUAUUUAUUCUACAGUGGGAAAUAUAAAGCACAGUAUAGUGUAGUCUGUGCAGCUGCAGGAUAUGCACUUUUUGAUUAUUUGCAAAGAUAUGAGAGUGCACUUGCACUAAUUUUUUUUUGCUAACAUCUGAAAUAAUAUGUCAGUCUCAUUGUUGAUACUGAUGUUUUUGUGUGUAUGUGUAGAUAUUGCAUUUAUAUGCCCAUAAUUAGUGAAAUCGGUAUGGGCAAUAGAAAUGUGAUCAUUCCCAUGGACAUUUUGUUGCUUUCUUGCCUCCUUCUGUACGGAAGAGGAUUAGGGCCACUGGAAAAAAAAAAAAAAAUUGAGGCAAAUAUUUUGUUUGAAGUCAGAAUUCUGAG